AUGUAUGAAGGCCGGACUAUCGUGGACGUGUGGUGUGAUGCGCCUGUACAGAAAUCGUGGAAGACGUUCGCGGAUUCGGCGUUGACGCCUGAAGAUCGACUGUCUCGUUGGGGAGGGAUAGAGUAUUGGUUUGCCUUGGGCGUUCAUCCUCAUGACGCCAAACGCUACACCGACGCCGUAGAGAAGGACAUGGCUCGACUAUCACUACGACAACUCACCCCGCGAUGUGCAACAAAACGUAUUCACACGGCAGCUAAACACGCCGUUAGGCUAGGGAAGCCGCUGGUUAUACAUACGCGGGAAGCUGAGGAAGAUACGGAGAAAAUAUUGAAGGAGGAGGUGACAAAAGACUACAAAAUCCACGUCCACUGCUUCUCUGACUCCCCGGAAUUUGCAGCUCGUCUCCUCGCCCACUUCCCGAAUUUCUACAUCGGUAUAACAGGCGUAAUAACAUACAGCUCAAACACCAACACCUCCGCCGUCAUCUCCCAAAUGUCCUCUGCCUCCCCAUCAGAGCCCCUCCGCAUUCUCCUGGAAACGGAUGCACCGUUCAUGACUCCCGGAACCUCUACGCCUCCCUCCCGGCAUCCUUGA